CAAGUCUACCAACAGCAUCCUAGAUGAAAACAUGAACGGUUCGAAAUCCUCUUCCAUAAAUUCCCUCACGGCGGCAAAGCUUCAACGCAUCAUCAAAAAUGUACGUGCCGCAUCUAGAGCGGACACCGCGUCGUGCAGUACCAGCAGCGAGGAUCACAAAAAGUUUGCCAAAGGACACUCUUCUCCUCUACCAAACGCUGGGGAGUUAAAAAUUUCCUGCCGAAAACUGACAGCACACGAGAUUGAUAAAUUAAUCAACUGUCUGCCAUCCACACAGUCACCUCCACCACCACCAUCCAUCGAGUGCUCCUCCUCCAUUUCAGCCGCCGACAACACCAAGCAACAAGUGCACCAGCAGCAGCAAGCACCGGAACUAUCCAUCUCGAACGGCCAACUACAAGUUGAAUCAGAAAUUUCUUUCACCAGCUCAGAAUCGAACGCCCGGCUGUCCCGUUCCACCCCAGAACUCCCGGCGGACGUGGAGGACAAUUUGGUACAUUCCAGCGAGUCGCUCGGUUCGUCCUUUGGCGUCUGCUCGCAAACUUACCACGCAAGCUCGCAAUUAAAUUCCUGUCCGCCAACUUUCGAUCCGACGGCUUCCGCGGUGACAUUAUUCGCUUUCCGACCAAUUGAACCAGGCUCGUCGGAAGAGUACGAAAGUUAUGGCGAAACUUCCCGAUCCGACGAUGUCGAUAGGCCAAUUAUGCAAGUUAAAGUGCGUCCCCUGGCAUCGGCAUUGCAGCAGCAGCAGCCCGUCCUCUAUCGCCGUUACCGGCAGCAAUCCGAUGAUGACGAGCAACCGUUGAUUGAUUUUCGACAAAUUGAGCGUAACACACGGGCUGCAGCGAAAAAAGCGCUCAGCGGUGGUAGAUGGUUAAAAAAAAGAUAAGCUGGAAAGAGCACUUCCGGGGACGAAUCAAUGGUGAAACUUUGUUGCAUUAAAGCAAAUCGCUUUAAAACCGCGCAAUUGCAGGAUUGCCAACGGGUGUACAAAGUUUUAAGUUCGGAUUUGAGCAUGACAGUGUAGAAACAAGUGGUCAAAUUUAAUUUAAUGUCAAAUAUAAUUAUUUUUGUGUAGUUUGAAACUUUAA